AGCCUGGGCAUAAACUACAACUCCCAGGAUUCCUGGGUGGGAUCCCCGGGAGUUGUAGUUCAUUCUACAUUUCACCACCGCCCACCCUCCUUACCCCAUCGCAAUCCACGCCCUGGGCUCAGCUGUUAACACGCACGCCCACGACGACUCCGGAGAGGCUGAGAGCAAGCGUCCACCCGGAAGGAGUGAUACCGGAAGUGAAAGUAAUCCCGUGUGUGUCGGGCUGAAAUGUAGCAGGUCACAGAGAGUUCCGGCUACAGUAAGGAAAGCUGUCCUACUUAUAUUUCUUAGAUGCUGAGAUGAAUCGUCACCUGUGUGCUUGGCUUUUUAGACUUUCAUCUCGUAAUGGUUACCACCAGUGCCACAUCCACCCCCAGUCUCAUCAGUUUACACAGAGACAUUUUGAUACAAAACUGUGGGUUUUUAGACAAAACAGGCAUCCCGUUCUCCAUCAUCUGUUAAAUAAGAAUUGUCCCAGGAGAUAUUGUCAUCAAGACACCAGGAUGCUGUGGAAGCAUAAAGCACUACAGAAAUAUAUGGAGGACCUGAGUAAGGAGCACCGUAUGCUUGAUCAGUGUUUGCAGCGAGUGUCUCUGAAUGAAGGGGACCGAAGAGCCUUGAAUAGAAGGCAUGCCAAGUUGGCACCACUCGCAGCCAUUUACCAAGAAAUUCAGGAGACUGAGCAAGCAAUUGAAGAAUUAGAUUCAAUGUGUAGAAAUCUAAAUCAACAAGAUGAAAAGCAGUUACAAGAACUUGCAUUGGAAGAGAGACAAACCAUGGUUCAAAAAAUCAAUAUGUUAUACAGUGAGCUUUUCCAGAGUCUAGUGCCAAAGGAGAAAUAUGACAAAAAUGACGUUCUUUUAGAGGUGACAUCUGGAAGAACUACUGGAGGUGAUAUCUGCCAGCAGUUUACCCGGGAAAUAUUUGAUAUGUACCAGAAUUAUUCAAGCUAUAAAAACUGGAAAUUUGAACUUCUGAAUUAUACACCAGCUGAUUACGGUGGGCUACAUCAUGCAGCUGCCCGAAUUUCUGGUGACAGUGUAUAUAAGCAUUUGAAGUAUGAAGGUGGGAUUCACCGAGUUCAACGAAUCCCCGAGGUGGGCCUGUCAUCAAGAAUGCAGCGUAUUCACACAGGAACCAUGUCAGUCAUUGUCCUCCCUCAACCAGAUGAGGUAGAUGUGAAAAUAGACCCCAAGGAUUUGCGAAUAGAUACAUUUCGAGCCAAAGGAGCAGGAGGUCAGCAUGUUAAUACAACUGAUAGUGCUGUCAGACUCGUCCAUAUCCCCACAGGGCUUGUAGUAGAAUGCCAACAAGAACGAUCACAGAUAAAAAAUAAAGAGAUAGCUUUGCGUGUGUUGAGAGCUAGACUCUACCAGCAGAUUAUUGAGAAAGACAAAUGUCAGCAACAAAGUACUAGAAAACUGCAGGUGGGAACAAGAGCCCAGUCAGAGAGAAUUCGGACAUAUAAUUUCACCCAGGAUAGAGUCACUGACCACAGGAUAGCAUAUGAAGUUCGUGAUAUUAAGGAAUUUUUAUGUGGAGAGAAGCAUCUGGAUCAGCUAAUUCAAAGACUACUUCAUUCAGCAGACGAAGAAGCCAUUACUGAAUUUUUGGAUGAAAACCUUAAAUCAGCAAAAUAAAUGCUGAUUUAUUAUAGAUUCUUCUAUAAGUGAAACAGACCUAUCUCAAGAAGCAGCUGUUCAUAAAGUGCAGCUAAAAUUACACAGUAUGUACAAAUAUAUUUUUUAAUGAAUUAAGUCACAUUUCUUGACCUAAGAAUUUAUAAAAUACAGUCCCAACUCUUCAAGCAGAAAACAAGCAUGCAAUGAACAUUGCAAAAAACAAAAAAAUAAGCAUGUAUUUUUGAAAAGAGAAAUAAAGUAUUGGGAAUUGAUUAUGUAAUAUAGGUCACUUCUUCCUUUUAUAUGUCUUUUUUUUUUUUUUUUUGAGAGAGAGAGAGAGAG